UCGACUUCUUCGUAUAUUUUCAGAUUCCGACUCACUCAAUGGUUUACUAGCGGAAUUAUGCUAUGGUGAUGUUUUCAUGAGCAUAAUUAUGCUAUACAUCUACCAUAGAGUAUUAAAGAUAUGUUUAUUAUUCCGAGACAUCUACAUUAUAACUAAGAUGUCUAAUAAAUAGUAAAUACUCUAAAUUCUUUUGGGCAUCUAAUUCAUAACAAAGCCCUCCUCACCACCAAGAUUCAUAGAAUACAUGAAUUCUAUGGAAAAAUCUAACCCAAAUGAUUGAGAGUUUCGUUAAGAAUUUGACAUGUCAAGGAAGUCCUCUUGAGAUCAAAAAUUUUCAGUACUUAUAUACAUUUUUUUUAUCUGAAAUAUAAAUUGGAAAUUCAUACCACUGUGAUAGAUACACUUUCCAUACAUGUAAUUUUUUUUAAUAAUUAUUUGGUUGAAAAAUGUAGUUUUGAAUUAUACCAAUUUGGUAUGGAAUAUCCAUUACAGGAAUUUAACGAUAAAGACCAAGAAACAGAUUUUUUAUUGGGGAGUUCAAAAAACCAUGAAGGUGAAAUGGAGUCGCUGUUAAGAAAUAAUCGAUCUAGAACAGGGAAAUCAUGGGGUAGCCGAUGUUGUGGCUGUUUUUGUUCCGUUUUUAAAAGAUGCUGCGGUCCAAGAGAAUUGAGAACUCGCACCAUUUUGCUGGGCAAGCCUACACAAGGACAGUUUCCAGCUAAUGCAAUAAGAAAUCAAAAAUACAAUUUCAUUACUUUCUUGCCGCUUGUGUUAUAUCAGCAAUUUAAAUUUUUUUUGAAUCUAUACUUUUUACUGAUGGCACUUAGUCAAUUUGUUCCUGAUAUUAGAAUUGGAUACUUAUAUACUUAUUGGGGACCAUUGUGCUUCGUUUUACUAGUCACUAUUUGCCGUGAAGCAAUUGAUGAUUUGAGGCGACAUAGAAGAGAUCAAGAAGUGAAUAACCAGAAAUGUAAAAGGCUGUUAAAUGAUAGAAAUAAACUUUUUGAAAUUGUACCAGCAUCUAAGUUGAAGGUUGGAGAUAUCAUUAUGGUUGAUAAAGAUGAAAGAGUGCCAGCUGAUUUGAUUCUACUUCGAACCACAGAGAAAAAUGGAGCAGUUUUUAUUCGUACAGAUCAAUUAGAUGGAGAAACUGAUUGGAAAUUAAGACUAGCAGUACCUCAGACUCAAAAGCUUGGUGCUGAUCAUCAAUUAUUUGAAAUGGAUGCUAGUAUUUAUGCAGAAAAACCGCAGAGAGAUAUUCACUCUUUCAUAGGAACUUUUACACGAGUAAUCAGAGGUUUCAUUGUCUGGUUAUUUUUAUUAAUAAUAAUUUGUUUCCAGUUGGAUUCUCAAAAUUCUGAUGAGAGUUUGGAUCUUGAAAAUACUUUAUGGACUAAUUGCGUGAUAGCAUCUGGACAAGCACUUGGAGUUGUUAUUUAUACAGGACCCGAAACAAGAUCUGUAAUGAACAAUUCUCAACCCCGUUCUAAGGUAGGCCAAUUAGACCUUGAAAUCAACACCAUCACUAAACUUCUCUUUGUGGCGGUAAUUGGUCUGGCUUUGAUAAUGAUGGCUCUGAAAGGAUUCAGUGGACCUUGGUAUAGAUAUAUGUUUCGAUUUGUUCUACUUUUCUCUUAUAUUAUACCAAUAAGUUUGAGAGUAAAUCUUGAUAUGGGCAAGUCGUACUACUCCUAUGCUAUUGGAAAGGAUCCUGCUAUGAAAGGAACUGCUGUUAGAUGUACUACAAUUCCAGAAGAGUUGGGAAGAAUAUCUUAUUUACUCUCUGAUAAAACUGGAACAUUGACCCAGAAUUCAAUGGUACUGAAAAGAAUUCAUCUUGGUACUGUGAGCUAUGCAGCCGAUACAUUUGAUGAUAUAAGCAUGAUAUUGAAAAGUGCCUAUUCAUCGACAGAAAGUAACACUAAUACCAUGGGAAGCAAAUUCCGAAGAAUGGAGAAUACCAGGGUAAUAGAUGCAGUCCAAGCACUUGCAUUAUGCCAUAAUGUAACCCCAGUAUAUGAACAAAAUGUUAGUGGCGAUGAAGAUGCUAGCGAUUUAAGUUCUGUGAUAACUGAAGUUGAAGCAGAUCAGCACAUGCAUACUUCCGAUAAUGAUAAUGUGAUUUAUCAGGCUUCCAGUCCAGACGAAAUAGCAUUGGUAAAUUGGACCAAAUCUGUGGGGCUGAAAUUGAAUAAUAGAGAUUUAACAUCAAUACAGCUUCAAGCACCUGAUGGGAGAUUUUUAAAUUACUCUAUUCUCCAAGUGUUUCCUUUCACUAGUGAAACUAAAAGAAUGGGUAUAAUAGUCAAGGAUCUGCAAUCUGGAAUGAUUUACUUUUACCUGAAAGGAGCAGAUAUUGUCAUGACCACAAUUGUACAAUACACAGAUUGGCUAGAAGAAGAAGUAGGAAAUAUGGCACGGGAUGGCUUGAGAACUUUGGUGGUAGCAAAGAAAACCUUAUCUGAAGAACAAUAUAGGGACUUUGAACAACGUUACAAUGCCGCUCGUCUUUCUGUUUCUGAUAGAAUGAGUAGAGUAUCACAGGUCAUCGAAUCUUUGGAAAGAGAGAUGGAACUUCUUUGUGUAACUGGAGUUGAGGAUAAACUACAGGAAAAUGUGAGACCUACUUUAGAGCUUCUGAGGAAUGCUGGAAUUAAGAUUUGGAUGCUUACCGGUGAUAAAUUAGAAACUGCAUGUUGUAUUGCUAAGAGCUCCAGGCUGGUAUCAAAAUCACAAGGAUUGCAUAUUCUGAAGAGAGUGGUCACUAGAACUGAUGCUCACCUGGAAUUGAAUGCAUUCAGGAGAAAACAGGGAUGUGCCCUGGUCAUUAGUGGAGAAAGUUUGGAUGUUUGUUUAUCUUAUUACCAGCAAGAAUUCAUGGAGUUAGCAACUGCUGCACCAGCUGUUGUGUGCUGUCGAUGUUCACCUACUCAAAAGGCUGAAGUUGUGCAACUGAUACAGAAACAUACAGGUAAACGAACAGCAGCUGUAGGAGAUGGUGGCAAUGAUGUAAGUAUGAUCCAACAGGCGGAUGCUGGUAUCGGCAUUGAAGGAAGAGAAGGAAAACAAGCUAGUCUUGCUGGCGAUUUCAGCAUACCACAAUUUUCACUGCUAUCCCGACUUCUACUAGUUCAUGGCAGGAGAUCCUACAAACGAUCAGCUUCCCUAGCUCAAUUUGUCAUACAUAGAGGAUUGAUAAUAUCUACCAUGCAAGCGGUUUUCAGUACAGUUUUCUACUUGAGUUCUGUAUCAUUGUAUCAAGGAUUUCUUAUGGUUGGAUAUGCAACAGUAUAUACGAUGUUUCCGGUGUUCAGCUUGGUACUUGAUCAAGACGUCAGUGCUGAUAUUGCUCUAACUUAUCCAGAAUUAUACAAAGAAUUGGCAAAAGGAAGGAGUCUUUCCUUUAAAACUUUCUUUAUGUGGGUGUUAAUAUCAAUUUAUCAAGGUGGUGUUAUAAUGUAUGGAGCUUUGUUGCUUUUUGAAGAUGAAUUCAUUCAUAUAGUUGCCAUCAGUUUCACAUCUUUAAUUUUAACAGAACUCAUCAUGGUGGCUCUAAAUAUAAGAACAUGGCACAUUCUCAUGAUACUGGCUGAAAUUUUUUCAUUUGCCUUGUAUGUGUUAUCCUUGGUAGUGCUACAUGACUAUUUUGAUGCUGAAUUCAUUAAAACAACAGACUUUUUCUGGAAAGUGAUUUGCAUAACACUGAUAUCUUGUUUACCUCUGUAUAUACUUAAAUUUCUCAGGAAGAAGUUUUCACCACCUAGCUAUACAAAACUUUCAUAAACAUACUUUUGAGGCUUUUGUCACCUCCAGUUCGGGGAAUUUGGACUAUACAAUGAUAACUAAGCAACUGGAACAUUAUCAAUUACAAUUUUUUGUUACUUGCACAAUGUUUAUGGUGAAGUGGUCCCAAGAAGGGGGAUGUUUAAAAGAGAUGAUUACAAUACUAUUUGAAUAUUAUGGUGAUACAUCUAUUUUAUAUCAAUAAGGUUCAAACAUCAAUCCAUUUUUAAUCAAUUAGACUUGAGCGGAGCAUUAAAUAGAUGCAAAAGCUGUUUAAUUUUCAUUGACAUUUGACUUGUGUUAUCUGAAAUUAUAGUCGUGUUUUCAGAUUUGUCAUCUAAAAAAUUUUAAUUUGUUCAUAUAUGAUAUACGGGCAUAUUAUUUCAUUAGCAAAAAUAAGUUUUGAAAAUUUUUCGCUUUUUAAGAAUGCUCUUCAAGAUUGUGUUGUUCUUACAAUUACAACCUUACUACUGUGGUCAUCUGUGAUAAUUAUUUUUCCAGUUGUACUGAUAUUUUUAAUCAUAUAUUAGUUAUUCAAGACAAUUAAUUGUUUUAUAAAUUUGUUAUUUAUUCUAUGAAAAUAACUUCAAACAUAACUAUUCCAUGAUUUCUUAUUGCAAAUUCAAUGUUGCUAUCUGAUUUUGAUGAUCCGCUGAAGAAGAAUGAUAACUGAAAUAUACAACAGCCCUGAAUGAUUCAUAGUAUUGAUGGAAUUGUUACAGUUGAAUAACCAUAUUAUUGCUUCGUAGAGAAGGACAGUCAAUUAACUCAAGUUUAUAUUGCUUCUUGAAUUUGACUAAUAUUUUUUAGAUUUAGUCGUUUUUCAUAAAUAUUUAUUAUACAUUUGAAGAAUUAUAUAUUGUUAAAAUUGAGUGGAAUUAAUUGUAUUAUUUUAUGUAUGAAAUCAUUAUAUAAUUUUAUUUCA